GAAAAUAAUAAAAAAGAAAAAGAGAUACUGUCCAACCCUUUACGAUGUGACCACAUGAUUAUUCGGCCUCACUUUUUAGCCGUCCGAUGAAAACGAUUGCUCUUUCUCUCUCCCUGACUGUACGUACUGCACAAAACAAAAUCAAUGACUCACUCAAUGAACUCUACCCAGAAAAAGAGAAAUUAACGCAAUCUCUCUCUCUCUCUCUCUCUCUCUCUCAAUUGCUCUUGUGAAUCUUUGAGUGAAAUUUUGUUACAGGCUUCGGAGUUUGGGGAAGAAAGAGACCGAGGCAUUGGGAUUACGGAGAUAGUUAUUGCUCUCUGCUUUGCUUGAUCUCUCUACUGUUCAUUUUUUUUCUUUCUUUUUUACUCGAGCUUUAUUACAGCUCCACCGACACUAGAUGCUUUGUCUUCGAGGUCGCUAUGGUUUUCCGUUGAUGGCUAAUCAUCUGCAUUUUCAGAGUUGACUCUGUUACAGAAGGCUACGAGAGGAGAGGAAUCUCAUCUUCUUCAUACUUUCGAUGGAGAGACGCUGUUUGGGUGCUUAGGAAGUGCUUCUUUCAGGGGCUUUACUUUUGUUAUUUUCUUUUUACUGUAAUUUUUCUCCCAAUACCAAACGGCAUUACAGUUUUGAAAUUUUGAAAAACGAAUGCGCUCUGGUUUUGGAAAGCUGGCAAUCUUUGUUUCUUCCGUUAGCUUCGGCAACAGAGAGGAUAGUACUGCUUAGGAUGGGUCGUUUUACCUUAUCUUGCGUUUUGAAAAUGGCCUUUCAUGGACCACUAGACGAUUGCUUUCUGUAAGCCUCUUCUGUUGAGAAAAAUAGUCCAACAUUCUUUGGCAAGCAGACACCAGAUACCAGUAUACUGCAGAUACAUAUGGAGUAUGUGGAGUCCAUGAAAGCCCUGGAGCAGCUUUCAAAACCCAGAAGGAGUUCGGGAAAGGAACAAUCCUUAGGAACUUCAGGGAAUGUCCUUCCUAGGAAGAGCCAAACUAUGAAGCUAGAAGACAAGUUAAACUUAGAAAAGUCUAGUUGCUCAUAUGCUGAUCUCCAUCACGAAAUUACAAAGAAUGUAAGAGACCCUCAAAAGAAGCAGAUAGAUGGGAAAAAUAUUGAUGACGACGAGCUUGUUAAAUACAUGUCGAAAUUGCCAAGUUAUCUGCAAAGAGGAAAAACUGUACAGGAGAAAGCUUUAAAUGUGGGGGUUCUUGACUGGGGUCUUCUAGAAAGAUGGCAAAACGGCCAUAAACAGAUGCCAUACAGAAAUAGCAGAUAUUCGCCAUCCAGUAGUAACACAUCCUCCUCUUUUUCUACAGAUGGAUCUCCUACCUAUUCUACUAGGGGUCACAGUUGCUCUCCUUCUCGCCAAAGAACUAGCCGGCCUUCCCUACAAGCUCAUCCGAUGGAAGGGCCAUCCCAAGUUAAAUCCCGCGGAGCAAGUGUUGGAACAUUUGAACCUGUGGAGACUGCACACAGUGGUACCGUGACGAUAAGUGAAAAAUUCAUUGUCCCAACUCCAGCUCUCUGCAAAAAGCAUCUAGAUACCAAGCUGGAGCAAAGCAAAAAGGGUGAGUUAAAGCUAAAGAGGGAGAUAGAUCCAGUAAGCAGAAAUGUGAACAAUGAUAACAACUCUGACAUGGAAUCACAGACAAGAAAGACUCAAGGUGUUGAGUGUUUAAACAAUGAGAAGAUUCAAAAACCAAAUUCAAAGAAUUUUGAAAAUACCCCUAAAGGAUGUAAAACAAUUGUUCUCAUUCUGCCUAAAAGUCUCCCAGAAAACAGUCACUCUGGAGAACCGCCAAAUUCUAAUUCCACAGUUUUUGCUGGACCAAAAUUAGAAGGAUGUAAGAAGGCAUCCCUGGCAGAGGUAAAUUCUGAUAUUCCACAAUUGGGCCCACUUCCUUCGGGAAAUGGCAUUAAAGAGUCUCAGGUAGAAUAUUUGAGUACUUCAGAUUCAGGUGCAGUGAAAAUGAGCUGUUCAUCUGGCUCAUCUUACUCCACAUUAGUGUCACCUAAAGUGGGAUUGAAUCCGCCCAGAAGCAGUAAUUUGACAGCCAAAAGAUCAGUUGUAGUACCCACAUGUUCAACUUCAGUUGAGCAUGCCAAAGCAUCAGAAAAGAGCUCAAACAAAGUAAGGGCCGAAAAAGUUCGGAGCACUUCACCAUUUUAUCGUUUUACCAUUACAGGUAAGAUGAGUAAAAGUUCCAGUUUGAAAGACGAUUUAAAUGCAAGUGACCAGGGCUCAACAAAUGUUUCUACAAAAUCUGUGACCCGAAAUUCUCUGUCAUCUGCUGAUAAUGAUUCAACCAGUGGAAAGUGUAAUGCAACUAGCCGGAAGUCAAGUCCUCUGAGGCGGUUUCUUGACCCUCUGCUGAAGCCAAAGGCAGAAAACUGCCAUCAAUCUGUGGAACCAUUAAAGAGGGGUUCGGUACCAACAGACAGGCCUUGCAAAUCAGCUGAUGGGCGGCAUGUUUCGAUGGCUUUGCGGCCAGGGAAAGUAAAGUUGGACAUGGCUGGUUGUAAGACAGUUAAUGUCAAUGAAUUAGCUCAGGGCAAGAAGCCUGGACCAACAGUUCAUGCUCUUUUGCGUGUUGCAGUUAAGAAUGGUCUGCCUCUUUUCACAUUUGCAGUUGAUAAGGAGAGCAACAUCCUUGCAGCCACAGUAAAGAAGUUAAAUGCGACAAAAAAUGAUGGAUGCAGCUUCAUCUAUACAUUCCUCACCAUUCAAGACAUGAAGAAAAAAAAUGGAAGUUGGAUUGGUCAAGGUAGUAAAGGCAAAAGUCAUGAUUACACCUCUAAUGUUGUGGCCCAAAUGAAGGUUUCUGACUCUAGGUUUUCCAAUUUGAGUACACAGAAUAAAUUCAAGAUAAGGGAGUUUGUAUUGUUCUCUGUGGAUUUGAAACAGUCAGAUAAUCAGAGCUCAGACUUCCAGCCAAAUAAUGAACUUGCAGCUAUAGUUGUCAAAAUUGCCAAAAAGGCCAAUAAUCCAAUCUCCGUGAAAGAAGGGCCUGGGUAUGCAUCUCAGUCUGAUUUGGAGUCUUUGUUGGAGCAUAGAUCUCAUUCUAAUUCUUUGGAUGAUGUUCAUUGUCAUUCUUUCUUCAGUAGUCAAGACUUUGUCAGCACAACAGUCAUACUUCCAAGCGCUAUUCACAGUCUACCAAGUAAAGGAGGACCGUCGUCGUUAGUUGAACGUUGGAGUUCAGGUGGAUCAUGUGACUGUGGGGGUUGGGAUAUGGGUUGCAAACUUAGGAUCCUUGCAAACCAGAAUAAAGUGCAUAAGAAAUUAAGUGUAUCUAAAGGUUGCCCUGUCACAGAAAGAUUAGAGCUUUUCCCGCAGGAACGAGGGCAAGAAAACCAGCUGUUUUUCAGUUUGUCUCCAUUCAAAGAAGGGGCCUAUUCAGUUGAGUUCAAUUCUUCACUAUCAAUUUUACAAGCGUUCUCCAUUUGUGUAGCAGCCUUAGAGAGUAGGAAACUAUGUGAGCGUUUAGAUCCAAGUAACUCGAGUGAAGAAAAAACAUGCGGGGAACCCAUAUUAGUGGAAAAUGCUGGAACAAGUGCUGGCAGCGUAAUUGAAGCAGAGGUUCCAAGUUACAUAUAUCCACCACUUUCUCCAGUUGGUCGCGUCUAGAUUUUCUUGCAAAGUACAUAAUGAUCACUUUUGUGCCGUCGGGUAUUGUUCAUAGUCUACAGCCAGUGCUUUUGAACCCUGUCGGUCAGUUGGCAAUUGAUCCUCAGAUUAUAGAGUUCCUCAUAUGGUGGUUUAGACAUGUAUCACCCUAGUAGGAAAUAGGCAAAUAACAAAUGUACCUAUUAUAUCGUUAGAGAAACUCCCUUAAUCAAAUUAAGUGUGCAUAUAUUGAGUGAAAUGCAGCCCUUUUAGCUACUCACUGAAUCUUUAAUGAGUUCUAUUCUAUUAGUAUUAUUUGUCUAUUUUGGAUCAUAGUGGGACUGCCCUUGUAUGAUUCUUCUUAGACAAAGUUUUGCAUGUUCAAA